GCUACAGCACAUCUCGUAAUUCGGGCCGGAAAAAGGCCCAACUAUGAAAAGUUGAAAAUAUAACAACAAAAUCAAAGGCUUCUUCAAACCCAGAAAAAUUUGCAAACAAUGGCGAGUGGUGGUGGAGGAAAAGUGUCGUUCAAAGUCACUCUCACUUCCGAUCCCAAAUUACCAUUCAAAGUUUUUAGCGUACCGGAGGCAGCUCCGUUUACUGCUGUUCUGAAAUUUGCGGCAGAGGAAUUCAAAGUGCCUCCCCAAACAAGCGCUAUUAUCACUAAUGAUGGAGUGGGAAUUAAUCCUCAACAAAGUGCAGGUAACGUCUUUCUUAAACAUGGAUCUGAACUGCGCCUAAUUCCUCGGGAUAGGGUUGGUGCUCUGUCGAUCUCAUUCUGAAUGUUUAGCUCUGUAUUUCAUCUCCUAGGACUGGGAGGGUGGGGAUAUUCUUUCCGGAAUGAGUAGCACAUUAUGUUUAGAUGUCCUCAUCUUUUGAUGUUGUAAUACUAAGUAUAGUUUGAAUAUCAGGUUGAACUGAACAAUAUCUAUAAACAGAAUGAAUAAUGGUUUGUUGAGA